AUGGCCGAAUUUCCAAAACUAGCGUUAUCGGGUAUUAAAGUUAUCAUUGUAGGGGCAGGCUUUGCGGGACUAACGGCGGCCAUUGAAUGCGACCGGAAAGGCCAUUCGGUCAUCUUACUGGAAAAGGUCGACGAGCUGAAGCCACUCGGAGACGUCAUCAGCUUCGGACAGAAUUCGACACGGAUCUUCAAGAAAUGGCCCGGUGUGUUUGAGGAGUUACAACCAAUCAUCCACAAGAGCGACCACAUCAAUUACAUUAGCUGGGAAGGAAGAUAUGUGACGACCCAGCACUGGGAUUCCGAGUGGGCUAGAUGGGGCCAGAGUAUCAACGGCCAUAGAUCAGAGAUCCACCGCAUCGUAUUCGAACAUGCGAAGGCUAGAGGUAUCGACAUCCGCAUGGGACAGAGUGUGACGGACUAUUUCGAGGAUGGCAACGGAGCGGGUGUAGAAGUCAACGGAGAGCGUUUGAAUGCCGACAUUGUGAUUUCAGCAGAGGGCGUCCGGUCUCGUGGGAGAAAAAUUGUCCUAGGCUUCGACGAGAAGCCUCAACCUUCUGGGUAUGCUGUGUUUAGGACCUGGUUUGCUGCAGAUGAGGUGGCGAAGAAUGAAAAGACCAAACAUCUCGUGGAAAAUGGUGACUCGCACAACUGUUGGAUUGGACAAGACGUCCAUUUCAUUGCCGCUGGAGUUAAAGAUGGGAAGGAAAUCAGCUGGGUAUGUACUCAUAAAGAUGAUGGCGACAUUGAGGAGAGCUGGCAGUUCCCUGGCCAUAUAGAAGACGUGCUCAAAGUCUUGCAGGGCUGGGAUCCAGUGGUCCUUGAGCUGGUCAAAAUGACGCCAAAAGACCGCCUAUUUGACUACAAACUUGUGUAUAGAGACCCCUUACCUACUUUUAUCUCCCCAAAAGCCCGAAUAGCUCUCAUUGGAGACACUGCACACCCCUUUCUUCCGACUUCAAUCCAGGGAGCGAGCCAGGCUAUGGAAGACGGCGUGACUCUGGCUGCUUGUCUCGAUAUUGGCGGCAAGGAGCGUGUUACAGAGGCACUUAGAGUGUAUGAAAAAAUCAGGUACGAGCGAGUGCACAAAAUUCAGGCCACUGGUGUGUCUACUCGAGAAAGUUGGCACAAGGCAGACUGGGACGUCAUCUGGAAGAACCCGCAGUCACUACAUCUAGCAAGACAGGACUGGAUUUUGGACUUCGACUGCGAAGCGAAUGCCUACGACUCCUACGAAACCUCAAAACAGAGUCUGAACACACUCGAUAAUUAG